AUGGCACGACGUACCAAUGGUCAUAUGAGAGUAUCUCGGAGUGACAACAACUCGGAUGGCACUCGUCUAAUUGAGCAAAUAAAGAAUAUCAAGAAGAGCAAGCCGAGGGAUAAGGCACCAAGAACCAAAACAUCAUACAAAAGAUCGAACAUAAAGGGAAAAGAACAUGAUUGA